AUGGACUCUUCUACUUCUGGUGUUUGUAGUAGUAAUAGUAGUAACAUUAUGGAUAUUAAUAUGAAGAAAACAGAUUUUCAGGUUAGUGACAGUGAAACAACAAUAAUUAGUGAAUCUAUUGAAGUGGAUAAUGUUGAACCAGAAGGUAGUUGUGAGUCAAAUGAGUUGACUAAUAUGAUAGUAAAUGAAACCAUUUUGGAGAUAGACCCAGCUAAAUGGGUUAUUAACGACGAAUUUCGUGACUAUAUUGCAAAAAAUGUUUAUUCUCCCAGUUUAGGAGUAGUUUUUUGUGGGCCUUGUCGGAUAUUUCAAACAUCUUUAGAAACUCAACUUGUUACUGAAGGGUUCAAUGAUUGGAAAAAUGCUACUGUCCGUUUCAGCUACCAUGAAAAUAGUAAAGAGCACCGAGAUGCUAUUAUGAAUUUAAAACAUAGAGGUAAUGUCUUGGGGCGCAUUGAUAAUUCAUUGAUUAAACAAUUAGACACAGAAAUCGAAUAUUGGAGAAAUGUGUUGAAAAGGGUAGUCGAAACUAUUAAAUCGUUAGCUUCUCGUGGUCUUCCUUUUCGAGGACAUGAUUCGUGUUUUGGUUCUGUACACAACGGUAAUUACUUAAUGUCACUCGAAUUAAUCGCAAAAUUUGAUCCGUUUUUAGCCGAUCAUAUAGUUCGUUUUGGAAGUAAAGGCAGUGGCUCUACGUCAUAUUUAUCUCACGUUAUAUGUGACGAAUUUAUUUUGUUAAUGAUGAAAAAAUUAAAAUAUAAUAUUGUUAGAGAAUUAAAAAUAUCAAAAUAUUUUUCCAUAAGUAUUGAUUCGACGCCAGAUAUUUCGCACGUCGACAAAUUAUCAUUUAUGGUGAGAUAUGUCCUCGCAACUGGUCUUCCUGUAGAACGAUUCUUAUGUUUUGUUUCAAAUCCAGGACAUAAAGCUUUAGAUUUAACUAAUGUCAUUAUUAAUACUUUAAAAUCUCAUGAUAUUGACAUUUCUGACUGUCGAGGGCAAAGCUACGAUAAUGCUAGUAAUAUGUCAGGUCAAUACAGUGGAGUUCAGGCUCGAAUCAAAGAAAUUAAUCCACUAGUUUAUUACGUACCGUGUAGCGCUCACUCGUUAAAUUUGGUUGGCAUAUCUUCUGCAGAAAGUUGUCCACAAGCAUCAAUUUUUUUUGGAUUUAUACAACAAUUAUAUAAUUUUUUUUCCGCAUCAACGCAGAGAUGGUCAAUUUUGCAAUUAAAUAUGAAACGUAAUGCUAAUACAAUUAAGAGUUUAUCAAACACCAGGUGGUCGGCUCGCGCAGACGCAUGUCGAGCAUUAUAUAAUUCGUGGGAUGAAAUUAUUAACGGAUUGAUCACUAUCAAGGAUGACACUUUUGAAAAAUGUGUUACGUGAAAUGAGUCAAAUUGUCUUUAUAAUCAAAUGCAAAAGUUAGAAACAUCAUUUAUGAUGAUUUUUUGGAAUCAUAUAUUAGAACGAUUUAAUGUAUCUAAUAAACAAUUACAAUGUGUUGAAAUUGGAAAUGAUAAAGUUUCUCAGAUUUAUACAUCACUAAUUAAUCUAGUUCAAAAAACCCGAGAUAAUUUUGAUGAAUAUGAAACUAGAGCAAAAAAAAUAUCAAAGACUACCGAGUACAAUUUUGGUAUAUCUCGACAAAAAAAAAAAAAAUUACACUUCGAUGAAAAAACUGAGCAACCAAC